AUGGCGCUGGCUUUUGAGCCAAUGAUCGAUAGAAGUCUAGCCGACUACGUCUCAAACCACUGGCAGGAGCCAUUUGUUGCCUGUCUGAUGUUGCAGCUGCUGCUCGCGUUUAGCUAUCUUCACUCAAAGGGCAUAGUUCACAACGACGUCAAGCCUGGCAACAUACUGGUCGGAAAUGGCACAGUGAAAAUUGCCGAUUUUGGAAAGGCGAUGUAUCUGGAGGAGGAACUGCAGGAAGAAGGAAAGCCAAACAAGAAUGGCACCAUUCUCUACACCGCCCCCGAAAUGGCUCGGGCCCGACUGAGAGACGACAACUCAAAGAAAGAAUUGUCCACUUCCAUUGAUAUUUGGGCGCUGGGCGCCACACUGUAUGAGCUGCUAGAAGGAAAUUACUCUUUUUACGAGUACGACAAGUUUAGUGUUCUGUCGGUCAUCAAAAACCAUGGCCUCUAUCUGACAAAAGAUAAAGAAUAUUCACCAACAUUGAAAAGCUUCUUCUCACU